AUGGACGGCGUGGGGGACCUUCGAGAGCGUGCGAGCUCCCGCGCGCCCUCUCGCACGAGCACAAAUAGCUCGCAUUCUCAUCGCUUCCACCACGCCAAUUGCGCCUCUCCUUCUUCCACAGGGCCCCAGGUCUCCAGCUUUCUACAAGAGCGGAUCCAGCGGCGCCAGGCCGAGAAAAAGAUGAGCGGGGAACUGAGCGUCUCGAGCGGCAGUGCACGCGAUGGGGACCGGGACCGAGACGUGCACAGCUCGCCGAUCCGGAGGACUGCCACAGCCAUGAGCACGCACGCUCGCUCGAACAGCGGCGAUGAGGACAAGGGAAACAUGGGAGUCAAGGAAAUGGAGAAGGCUGCCUCGACUUUACACAAGCAGAACUUCGACCUGAAGCUCGAAUUAUAUCACCGCCGUGAGAAACAGAUGGAACUAGAGGAGAAGACAAAAAGGUUGGAGCAGGACUUCACGGAACUGCGGACACAGCAUGUUGAGGUGGCGGAGAUGAACGAUAGUCUAGUCUCGGAGCUGGAGAAACGGGACAAGGCCGUGGCCGAAGCCAUCGAGGUUAUCUGUGAUCUGCAAGCCAGGGUCGACGAGCUACUACGCGAGAGAGAGAUGGUCCGUAUAGUCGAGGAAGACUACCAACGUCACGUACAUGCAAGAGGGGUCGAUGCAUCAGCCCAGGGGGGACCGGAGGACGGCCAUCGGGUUGUUUCGCCGGCAGAGACUUUUGGCGCGCCCAGUCGGCUUGGAGAUUUGAAGACGCUCGAGCGUAUGUCCAGCUUCCUUUCCGAGCCCGAGCGGAAUGAGACCACUCCCAACUUGCGCGGCUAUAUCCUCAACAACAAGAGCAGUUUGCUCCAUAUGCGCAAGGUCUCGGAAUCGAGUGUGGAUCCUAGCGAGGUUAACCGCCUAGCUAGCCCCAGUGGCCUCAGUGUGCUGAGUGAGAGCUCGUUUGCGAGCGUCUACGGCAAGAAUAAGAGGACGCCGGCGACGACGCGCUCACCAGCGCCGCAGAGGCAGUUCUCUACCACUAGCAGCAACGGAACAUUCACCUCGCCUAAUCAGCAAGAUGACGAUGGUUGGCAAGCUCGUAAGAGCAGCAAUGCGCGCAGCGCUAGUUCUGGUGAUAUCAUUAGGGGAGGGGCCAGCCUACUGAGUCAAGUGCAACCCGGUGGUGAUAUUAGGAAUAUCGCCUCUCCACUCCAGCAGGUUGAGAUGCUUGGAAGGAAGCUAUCGGUGGGUGAUUCCUCACGGCCAUCAACCUCGAGUCACGGUAAGGGGGUGGAUACCCCCUCCCGGCCUCGGCCCAAAAGUAAGACCAAGCAAGAGAAGCGGGAAGCGUUGCGAAAGGUCAUUACGAGCUCGCCCUCCGCGAAUGACUUUGAUAGCUCACGAGUGCUUCCUCCGACGCCUGAUACGAUAUCUAGCUCCACACUGCGCCGGUACCAGAACUCCAACGACACCUUGUCCAGGGACCCCCGGGUAACGCCCAAAGACAGCUUCACCGAUAGUCAGGCACUGCCUGUUAGUGGUGCUGCCAUCGACUGUGAAACCAAGUUAGCCAACACCAACUUCUCCAAGUCCACGUCCUCGGCCUACAUUGACCGCAGAAACGCAAACGUUCCUGUCAAUCAGUUCGCCACGUUUGGUCAUCAUGCUCACGCCCUUCCACAGCGCCCCCGGUCGGCAGAUGAGACUACCAUCUCCCGCCAUCGUGCUAAUAGCUGGAUGUCAGAUUCGGACUCGGAUGGCGGCGCGGAUGCAUGUUCUGAUGAUGACGACCUCGAUCCUUGGUUGCGUGAGAGCGUCAGCUCAAACAGGGGAGCCGGUUCACCUGACCUGUUCAGCUUCCCGGCAGAGGCUGGUAGAUGGCAGAGUGAUGCUCUUUUCGGAGCACUGCGUGGAAGCGGUUUCCUCGGGUCCCCUCCGCCGGAGUUGAAACGUGAGCCUCUGGAUCACAUCCAUGGAGCCCUGAGCACCCCUCGGACAGCUGUCUUCCAACCCCCCACUCCGGCUGAUUCCAGCGAAGCUCCAGAGCCGCCUCCACGCCGAUCUAGUAUCACCCGGACAGGAAGCAGUCAUGCUGCUUCGCCUAAAGGAGGGAAGAUCAGGAAGAAUCUCCUUCGGGCGAACAGUGGCGGGAAACGCGCAGGGAGGGCCAGAAGCAAUAGCAUUGACUCGGCACAGGUUGCUCCGCCGGCAGCCAUGCAGGCCGACUACCAGACUGACGGAGCGGGCCAGGCGAAAAGAAACCAAUAUCCUCCGAUAUCCGGUCAGCUGACAAGGUCCAGGGGGUUUAGUGGACUUGGUGGACUUUUCAGGAGAUCGCUCGGAGGAAGCCAACAAGCAAGCCCUACAGAGGCGGCAUUCACUCCUGAGCAGGUGCAGCAGCCACUGGCUCACACGCAGGCGGAACAGCGACGAGCUCAGUCAAGUGGGAGGAGCAGCGUACCUCCACCAGCCGUUAGGCCCUGGAAGCCGCAGGCGGCAUUCGACGAUGACCUGACGAGUGCUACGCCGCCUCCUAUCAUGCGUAAUCGCGUGUACCAGCCGAGCGUUGCUUUGGACACUGGAGAUGACCCCACGACGCCGCGGAAGCACGUAGCUGCUGACGCCAACGACGUCGAUAAAAGUGAGACUGUAGUCAGUCCAGGGAGCGGCACCGGUACACCUCAGGGUGGGCGGCGCAAAUGGUUGGGGCUGGGGAGAAUGAAUAGCUUGAAGAAUCGAGCUGGCUGA